AUGCGCUCUGCUGCACCAGCUGCCCUCGUCCGCUUUGACACCAGCGGUGCCUUCAGAAAGCGUGAGCGUUCCAUUGAGAACGAGUACUUUUCGCGCAAGGACCACGAAGCGCUGCUCAAGCUGAAGGAGAAGAUCGAGGCUGCCAAUGCGGCCGGAGCCGAGCUGCCGGAGGAAGCCCACGAUCUCGGGCGGACUGGAUCAGUGGCGGUCGAUCCGCUGGCUGGCAUGCAGAACCUGGCCGAGGAGCCGGUCUCGAUGGAGGACCUCAUGACUCUCCGCAAGGAGCUACUGGAUCGCAUCCAGGCUCUGGAGGAGGUCGUCGGCCAGCUCAAGUACCGCCAGGGCCGCCUGCUGAUGAAGACCGCUCGGAUCUGA